AAAAACCUUAGCUGGUAUGACAAUGUAAGUAUAUAGGAGGCUCAGACAGACCAUCUGAGGAACGGAUAUGCGCACUUUCUGUUAACGCGUAUCCUAAAACGACAAAGCCAUCGCCGGGCAUGACCGGGAAAAAGUUUAGAGCAGUAGUGGGGCUAAUGCAAGUCCCCGAGCGGGAGCUCAUGGGGGACGUCUUGUUACGCGAGAGCACCGAACCGUCGCUUCCCGUGCAUGUAAAUAUUGGCAAAUUUAUUCGUAAUGAAUAUGGACAAUAUAUGGAUACCGAGCACAGAGACGAUGCUAUCAAGAGACGGCAGGUGGCUAACGCCAAAGAGCGGCUACGCGUCAGGAGCUUGAACAGCAUGUUCUCCUAUCUGAGGCGAAUCGUGCCGGUGAUGCCGCGCGACCGCAAGCCCAGCAAAGUGGACAUGCUUAAGGCAGCAACCGAGUACAUCCGCCUCCUGUCGUCCGUGCUCAGCGACGCCUCGGCGAGCGGUGGUGGAAAUGCAGAUGUGCUUCCGGAAAAUGAAAGCGGAUAUUCAAACCCCACGGAUGUGUGCACCGACCUCUGGAGUGUGGAGGAUAUACUGGACUGCAUAUCUGGCUCAUCCUUACCUGAGGAAGAGAGUUUGACCACCCCACCAGUUACCACAGCAAUGGAAGCGGAUGACUCUGAUGUCAGUGGAGCAGCAGCGCAGUGUGUCCUCCCAGUUUACAUCGUUCAGGUUGGCACCGAUCACACCUUGGUAUACCAGGCCAGAUAGAGCAGAAGACUCUGGGUUGGAUUUCCUGAGGCACCAGUCUGCUGACAGUCCUCCUCCAGCUGAAUGCUACUGUAAGAAUUCGACUUUGGAUGAAUGUGUAUAAAACGUAUUUAUUUUAUUUUUGUAACUGGCCUAAAAGGUGGAAAAAAAAGUAUGAAUGGUGGCUGGGAUAUUUUUUUGUUCCUCAUACCUGUUAAUGAAAUCUGUGGUAGGCUGUGCUUGCUAUACAAGCAACAUACAAUAAAGACCCUUAAGCAUGAA